AUGUUACCGAAGGCACAAUAUAUGGCACUCUCAGCCGCUCAAAAGCGUGCUGUCAAAGCUAAGCUUGGUAUGGUCCCUCGUCGUGCUCCAGCGAAGAGGGCAAGAGUUGCCCCUAGAAGAGCUCAAGCGACUCUAGGAUCAAGAGCAGGUCGUUAUUUGGGAUCACUGGUCCCAUACGCACCUGGAAUUGGUGCUGAAGUUGGAUCUUGUCUAGGAGAUGCGGCCCAUAAAGGCAUAGCAUCGGUAUUUGGACAAGGAGAUUAUGCAAUCGCCAACUUCAGGGUAAAGGACAAUACGCUCCUUUCACCUGGUAACACCCCUCCACAGUUUACUAGUGGAGAUCGUACAACACGUGUUAGACAUCGUGAGUAUAUCGGAGAUGUGUUUAGCUCUGUGAGUUUCAAUCAGAGCGUGUACUACAUAAAUCCUGGACUUGGAUCGACCUUCCCAUGGUUGAGUUCCAUAGCAGGUAACUUCGAGUGUUAUAGACUACGAGGCAUGCUCUUUGAGUACAAGAGUAUGAGUACUAACUCACUAUCCGGUUCAGCAACUUCUUUGGGUACCGUGAUGAUGGCGACGCAAUAUAACUCAGCGUCGUCCAACUUUGUGUCAAAACAACAGUUGGAGAACUACGAGUAUUCUCAGAGCUGUAAGCCUGCAGAAUCGAUGUUACAUUAUAUCGAGUGUAAUCCACGAGAGACUCCCGUAUCUGAGCUUUAUGUGAGGAUCGGAACAACUCCAGCUGGACAAGAUUCUCGAUUGUACGAUUGGGGUCAAUUUUCUAUAGCCACCCAGGGUAUGGGUUCUAAUAACCAGAACCAGGGUGAACUUUGGUGUACUUAUGACAUUGAGUUGUUCAAACCAAAGUUAACACAGGGACAAUAUGGGUAUGAAAUUAACACAUUUCAUACUGCUCUUGCUACUACUGCUAGUGCAACAAACUAUUUCCCACCCGCUUUUACAUAUUUCAAUAAUAUGGCUAUGGUUGUCGGUGCUUCAACCCUCACAUUCCCUCAGGCAAUUGUGACUGGAGUGUAUCGUCUUACGUACUACAUUAGUGGCGCAUCUGGUGCGACAUCAACUCCAACUUUCACUGCUACAAGCAACUGUGCGUUGGGACCUGGAGUUUUCCAUGGUACCCAAUCUAGCUCUGCUGCAACACUAGGACCACAGAAUACUGGUUAUUUUGUGUUGAUAGGAUAUGUGACUAUCAAUGGUCCAGCAGCUGUUGUGACGAUCUCAGGAGGAACAUUCCCAUCUGGUAUAUCCGGUGGUGAUCUUAUCAUCGAACAAGUCAAUGGACUGUUCGCUUAG